AUGGUAUCAUCCCAAGGUUUCUCCAUUGACUCAAUGAGUUCCAAGUCCAAUACUUUGAAUGAAACUAAUGCGAUGGAUUCUCAAGAGCAAGAUACGAACAAAUUAAUGUCCAACUCGAGUGAAUUGCCGCUCGAUAAGAGCCACAUGGAAUUACAGACGAAAGAGACGACUAUCACUCGCACUAUGAGCCCCGAGAAGCGCUCGCUCAUCGAGGAAAUUGAGAGUGAGGAAGACGAUGCAGAAUUUGAUGAGAGAGCGCAUUGGUCUCGACGAAGUGUAAGCAAAAAGUCGAGAUCGUCACGAAAAUCGAUUGGAAUACAAGACAAAUUUCAGCCGUCAAUUGCGCUCUUUUACGUUAAAGAGGCGACGUCUACAGUCAAAAAACAGGAAGGAAGAAGUGUAAAGGAAGAUACAAUGACCAGUGCUAUUAUCGUCUCACAGGAAGAAGAUAAUGGAAAGAAGGAGAACAAUCAAACUAGUGGCAGGAAGAAGAAAAAGAUCGAGAGCUUGGGACUCGAGUUUGAUUCAGUAGUUAAUAUUGGGCAAAAUACGAUUGCUGUAAUGAGCUCUGGACGACCAAAGCGACAAGCAGUUGUACGAGCAGAGAUUUUGCAGCAGCAACAAAAGCUUUUGGAUGCUGUUGCCGAUAGGAAAAAUGCCGCUUCCUUUUUGACGCCCCCAUCGUUAAACCAGAAGAAGAAGAAAGAAGGAAAUGCAACAACUAGUGGGCGUAAGCGAAAGCUUAAUAUGAACAAGAAAAAGACAUUGUCAUCUGCAAAGGGAGGACCUUUCACGACAAACUCACCAGGUACGAACAAGACAGCACAGUCAUUUUUUUUGAGUGAGCAAGUAAAAAAGCAGUUACAGGAGAUUGAAGCCGUGUCAGUAUUUCGGGAACAACUUCGACAAACACGUGAAAAAGAUCUUGCUUUUUUUGCUGGUAAAAUGGCUAAUCCAUUUUUUCGGACGCGAACUUCCAGUAGUAAAGAAAAUGACGAAGGAGUUGUUGAGACUUACGGAGAUGAUGAAGGCAUUGAGGCAAAGCAACGACGUGGUACAGAUGGGACUCGCUGGAGUAAAUCAUUUACACUGUUUCCGGAGAUGCAACACGUAUUGACCCCAUGCGUAGAAACAGAAGGUAUGGACACAAGUGCUGUCAACUUAACUCCACCAAAGAGAGUGCUACCUGUAGCAAAUGUAUCUUCUGCAGUCGUAGUCAUCGAUGACGAUGCAGCAACAAAAGUCAGGCUGCCGAGAGAAGCAAUGGCCCAGCUACAAGCUUCCAUGAAUGGGCAAGUGACCACGGAGUCUUCGUUUUCGGAACAGUUUUGGUUUCACGAGUUCUUAAAUGCGUCCAGCUUACCAGCCUCCUAA